AUGCCAGAUAUCACCAUUGCUUAUUUUGUGAUCCUUCUUGGAGUCCUGACAGCUCAUAUUCUUGGACUAAGUAACCCCAAGUGUUAUAGUGUGACUGAACUGCUUUCAGUCCACACCGUUCCAGUUGCAGAGCUGGAUGAUGGGCCUUUUCCCACUCUAGAAUGGUCUCUGAAGAAAUUGGUAAUAAAGGGUGAGACCAUGCGGAUCGCCUCCUCUGAGUUUGCUGACGAUCCGUGCUCAUCUGUGAAGCGAGGCACCAUGGUGCGGGCAGCACGGGCUUUGCUUUCGGCUGUAACACGCUUACUCAUCCUGGCGGACAUGGCGGAUGUCAUGAGACUUUUAUCUCAUCUGAAAAUUGUACGUGAGACCAUGCGGUUCGCCUCCUCUGAGUUUGCUGACGAUCCGUGCUCAUCUGUGAAGCGAGGCACCAUGGUGCGGGCAGCACGGGCUUUGCUUUCAGCUGUAACACGCUUACUCAUCCUGGCGGACAUGGCGGAUGUCAUGAGACUUUUGUCUCAUCUGAAAAUUGUGGAGGAGGCCCUGGAAGCUGUCAAAAAUGCUACAAAUGAGCAAGACCUUGCCAACCGCUUUAAAGAGUUUGGAAAAGAGAUGGUGAAACUUAACUAUGUAGCAGCAAGAAGACAACAGGAGCUGAAGGACCCCCACUGUCGGGAUGAGAUGGCGGCUGCCAGAGGGGCUCUGAAGAAGAACGCUACAAUGCUAUACACGGCCUCCCAAGCAUUUCUCCGCCACCCAGAUGUUGCCGCCACUCGAGCCAAUCGGGAUUAUGUGUUUAAGCAAGUCCAGGAGGCCAUUGCUGGCAUCUCUAAUGCUGCUCAAGCUACCUCGCCCACUGACGAAGCCAAAGGCCACACGGGCAUCGGCGAGCUGGCUGCGGCUCUGAAUGAGUUUGAC